AUUCAACGCCUGAAAAGACGUAAUGGAUCUCUCUCACGUUUGCAAGGUCUUCUUCGCCCUGGGAACAGCAGUUGAUAUAGGUGGUGUGUUUUUCCCCUCUUUUAGGAAAAACAUCAUGAAUUACGGAUCUCGAAGACACGACCCAAGCAACCAAGUUGCUGCUGCCAGCAACCAAAAGGUAGACUUCAACUAUUAUCUCGAGUUUGUCGCUUCAUUUCAAGUACCUCAUUCGUGGUUCAUUCAUUACUACAUAUUCUCGGUUAUGUCCUCUAUCUUUUGGGCAUUCCAGAUCUACACUCAAGGUCCAGUUGUUCGAUUUCUAGCAUUUUCCGCGGCCCAGAAGCCCGGAACUGCCAUGACAAUUCAACAAUUGUCUAUCGCAUGGCUCUUGAUGGCAGUUCAAGGUACUCGAAGGCUCUAUGAAUCGAUCAUCUUCGCAAAACCAAGUCAGGCAAAAAUGUGGUUUGGUUUGUGGAUAGCGUAAGUGCCUCCCCCCACAAUCAGAGUGCCAGAUCAAAAUGGAACCCAUUUUUCAGACUAACAUGGGGUAUAGAGGACUUGGGUAUUAUUUCUUUAUUAGUAUUGCGGUCUGGAUUGAAGGGAUACGUAGGUCCUAGUCUCUUCAUUAUUCAUCGGUAGCUAAUCCAUUCAGCAACAUUGGAACAACCUAGGCCCUUUGAAUCACUGAGGAUCUCCUGGCCCUCAAUCAGGACAACAAUUGCAAUCCCUCUCUUUGCUUACGGUUCUAUUGUGCAGCACAUCUGCCACAAACAUCUCGCCAGCCUGAAAAAGUACAGCCUUCCACAACAUCCGUUCUUCAAAUCGACGGUCACCCCACACUAUGCAUGUGAAUGUCUCAUAUAUCUUGCAAUUGCCAUUGCCGCCGCACCUGAUGGAAAGUUCUUGAAUGGAACGGUGCUCGCAGGUCUCGCAUUUGUGGUAUCGAAUCUGGCCGUCACCGCUGAAUCCACCAGAAAAUGGUAUGCUGAGAAGUUUGGUUCCAAAAAGCUUGCUGGUCGCUGGAGAAUGAUACCACAUAUCUACUAA